AUGGUUGGACUAGGAUCAACAGUGUUGUUUGGACUAGGAUCAACAGUUUUGUUUGGACUAGGAUCAACAGUUUUGUUUGGACUAGGAUCAACAGUUUUGUUUGGACUAGGAUCAACAGUUUUGUUUGGACUAGGAUCAACAGUUUUGUUUGGACUAGGAUCAACAGUUUUGUUUGGACUAGGAUCAACAGUUUUGUUUGGACUAGGAUCAACAGUUUUGUUUGGACUAGGAUCAACAGUUUUGUUUGGACUAGGAUCAACAGUUUUGUUUGGACUAGGAUCAACAGUUUUGUUUGGACUAGGAUCAACAGUUUUGUUUGGACUAGGAUCAACAGUGAAAGGAGAAAGUCUGCAUUAG